AUGUCGGGUGCCCGGAACCUCUCAGCCGCCUUGCGACGGGCUCGGGUCCCUCGCCCUCGCCCUCGCAUUGCCCUCCGCUCCGCUCUCCCUCUAUCCCCAGCUCCGACUGCCGUCCGCACAUUCAGUGUCAGCUCCACCGUCCGGGCAGACAAGCAGAUCAAGUUCACCAGCGACGCCUACCCCAAUGUCAAGCGCGAUCCUAAUUUCAGCGAACUUACUGCUGAUGAUGUUACUUUUUUCAAGGAGCUUCUCGGCGCUCAGUCCGCCGUGGUCGAUGGCGUGACCGCCGAUGCGACGGACGACAUUGAGCCCUUCAACAGCGACUGGAUGCGCAAGUACCGGGGCCAUACUCGGCUCGUGCUGAAGCCCCAGACCACCGAAGAAGUCAGCAAGGUGUUGAAAUACUGUAAUGACCGGAGGUUGGCCGUCGUCCCGCAGGGUGGAAAUACUGGUCUGGUCGGUGGCUCCGUUCCCGUAUUCGACGAGAUCGUGAUCAACACCUCGCGCAUGAACCAGAUCCGUUCUUUCGACGAAGCGUCUGGAGUCCUGGUCGCUGACGCCGGUGUCAUUCUGGAGGUGGCCGACCAGUAUCUCGCGGAACGCAGCCAUCUGUUUCCGCUGGACCUGGGCGCCAAGGGAUCCUGCCACAUCGGAGGCAAUGUCGCCACCAAUGCCGGAGGUCUGCGUCUGCUGCGCUACGGCAGUCUUCAUGGCAGUGUGCUUGGUCUUGAGGCGGUCCUGCCGGACGGGACCAUCGUCGACUCCCUAUCCACCCUACGGAAGAACAACACUGGUUAUGACCUCAAACAACUCUUUAUUGGUGCCGAGGGUACUAUUGGACUGAUCACCAAAGUUGCCAUUCUGUGCCCACCACGACCAAAGGCCGUGAAUGUUGCUUAUUUUGGCCUGGAGAGCUUCGAGCAGGUGCAGAAGGCCUAUCGUGAGGCCAAGGGUCAACUGUCCGAGAUUCUCUCGGCGUUUGAGCUGAUGGACGGUCGCAGCCAGCGCUUGGUCUAUGAAUCUACCGGAAGUAAGCAGCCUCUGGAGGGUGAAUAUCCCUUCUACUGUCUGGUUGAGACCAGCGGUUCAAAUGCCGAGCACGACAUGGAAAAGUUGGAGUCAUUCCUUGAGCAUGUCAUGGGCGAGGGUAUCGUCGCCGAUGGUGUACUGGCCCAGGAUGAGACCCAGUUCCAGGCUUUGUGGCGCUGGCGUGAGGGUAUUACAGAGGCCCUGAGCCAUCUCGGUGGUACCUAUAAAUAUGAUGUGUCGAUUCCUCUUCCGGAGCUGUACCAGUUGGUGGAGGACUGCAAGCAGCGCCUCACCGAGAAGGGAUUCGUUGGUGAUGAUGACUCCUUCCCUGUUCGUGCCGUGGUUGGCUACGGUCACAUGGGAGAUUCGAACCUGCACCUCAACGUCUCCGUGCGUCAGUAUAACAAGGAGGUUGAGAAAGCCAUCGAGCCUUGGGUGUACGAAUGGAUCCAGAAGCGCCAAGGGAGCAUUAGUGCCGAACACGGCCUGGGUAUUGCCAAACGGGAGUUCAUCGGCUAUAGUCAAAAUGAGACUAUGGUCAAGUUGAUGAAGCAGCUUAAGGCACUUUAUGAUCCGAACGGCAUCAUGAACCCGUAUAAGUACAUCUAG